UAAAUGCUUUUGACAUCGUUGAGAUCGGCUUAUAUAUAUGUGUAUUUUGUCAUUCGAGAGCCGACAACCUGCAAAAUUAAACCAAGAUGCUGCUUUUGGUGUUCAUCGCAGCUUUGAGCUUGGGCAGUGGGAAUGCCCAGGAGUUGCGCAGGGUGGACGACACCGAGUUGAUUCAACUCCUGACCGGCAGCAACAACGUUGUGGUUUUAUUUAACAAAAACAACUGCCAGCGCUGCUUGGACUACGAGAACGUGGUGUCCAAGAUACAGCCCCAGUUGGAGGACACCCUCUCGGCCAACGUCGUGCAGGCUGUGGACAGCAAUCUGGUCUCCAUCUAUGAUCCCAGCAAGGAGCCAGCCCUGGUGUUCUUCCGCCGCGGCAUUCCCAUCCUUUACCACGGUGAGGCUAACGAUGACGAAAUCCUAGACUUCUUCAACGACAACCUGGAGCCAGCUGUGAAAGAGCUAUCCGAUGACAACUUUGAGCACCUAACUCAGGCCUCGACCGGGGCCACAACCGGGGACUGGUUUGUCUUCUUCUACUCCGCCGAGUGUACCGUGUGUCAGCGACUUUAUGCCGUGUGGGAAUCUGUGGGCGGGACCCUGAAGCGAAAGAUGAACAUUGCGAGGAUGAACAGCGGUGGAUCGGGGAUCUCUACUGCCAAACGCCUGGGGGCUCUAGAAACCCCAGCUUUUAUUUUCUUGCGUCAAGGAAAAAUGUAUCACUACAUGACCAAGGAAUACAGUCCGGAAGCGUUUAUCCUGUUUGCCGAAAAGGGUUACUCAUCCAAGAGUCAUCCCCAGAAAGUUCCUGAAUUACCAAGCGUCGUGGAUUUGUGAGAGACUGAUGCAUGUCUUUAAAACGAAUUCUUGGGACCGCUUCAGAGCUACUUAAGAAUAGAAAACAUAUCAUCAGUGGUACCCAUGGGUCUUAUUGUCCUGGUUGUAGUAAUAUAUUUCACAAAAAAAUUGGUGAAAAUUUUCGGCUCAGAGCCGGCGAAAAAACAAAAAUAAAUCGAACUAAACUAUUUCUUUUAAUUAACAAUAAA